AAAUCUUCCACAAAAAAUUGAUGCAAAAUUCAGUAAAGUGUCUGCUUUAUCAACUACAGCGACUAGUUCACCUCACACAACGGGUGAGCAAAAUGUGCGGAACAAUUCUAUAUCCCCAGCAGAGUCAGAACGAAUGUUUAAACAGCAAGCGAAUGAAGAUGAAAGAGCAGCUAUCAUCGAAGCAGCAAGAGCGCACUGAGAAGAAAAAGGAAAAACUUGCCGCUUUGGCGAAUUUAAUACAGAUGAACGACAGAGAACGCAUACAAGAAGCAGUUGACGAAGUGCAGCAAAAACGGCGCGAGAUCGACAACGACGACGACGAUAACAACAAAGACAAUGGCAAGCGGGAUCAGCCGGAGGAUGAUGACGGUUUUAUCACAGUGUGCAGCAAGCGAAAACCGCGAAAUCGUUUAACCAUCAUGGCAGACAGCAGCAGUGAGACAACAGAAGCCGCGGCUGCUGCUGCUGCCGAUGCUGGUGAGGCACGCUCCUCCGAUGAGCCGGAAUUGAAACGCAGUCGCAACUCAGCUGGCGGCGACGGUAACAACACGACGCUGGACACUGUCGAUGCCACCCUCAUCACCCAGGAGCAGUACAAAUCCCUGUCCACAGAGCUGCGACGACGCAAACGUGAGCUGGAAAGUGUGCCCGCCCUCACUUUACGAGACACAGGCAGACGGGCACACCUGGAGAUACCGCAGGACGAGCGCACACCCAUCUUUCUGGCGGACAUACAGCAUCUGCUAAUGACUGCGCUCACGGGCAAGAAGAGUCCCUGUGCUCCAGAUCGUUGGUGCAGUGCAGAUAAGUUCAACAGUUUGUCACACAGUGUCGUGUUAAUACUGGAGGGUUUGUCGCUCUUCCACUAUCUCUCCAACGAGAGUUUGUUUGCGGCAACGAAUCGCAUAUUCGAAACAAAGCUGGAAAUGGUGAUGCCACCGCAGGAAGAGGGCCCCAUUAUCGACACAAUAGCCCAGCUUGCGCUCUUGCAGAUUCCUCUGACCACUGUGCAGGCUCAGAAGCUCAUCAACGAACAUGGUUCGCUGGAGACCGCCGUGGAGCUGAACAAAGAUCCCACGCUGUUUGUUAAGGCUAUUUUCCCCAUGGAGAAGACGCCGCCCAGCCCCGAGAAACCUACAGAAGCACCACAACUGCAUCCAGAUGACAAGUUUCCGCGCACCAAGCUGCUGCUGUCCGCCCUGCAAAUGGUCGACGAAGGUUAUCCAAUACCGCUGCAAGGCGAACUGCAAGCCCGCUUCAAGUCUUAUGUGUUUACCAAGAAAUCGUAUGCUCCAGUGACGGAUCGCAGUCCCAUGUUUGGUGUCGAUUGUGAGAUGUGUCGCACUGUGACCGGAGCGAAUGAAUUGACGCGAAUUUCCAUUGUGGACGAGAAAUACGAGACGGUCUACGAGACGCUGGUGCGCCCCGUGAAUCGCAUCACCGACUAUCUCACCCAAUACUCGGGCAUAACGGCCGAGAUUAUGCAGUCGGUGACGAAGAAGCUGACGGAAGUGCAGCGUGAGGUGUCAGCGUUGUUGCCACCGGAUGCCAUUUUGGUGGGACAAUCGCUGAACUCCGAUUUGAAUGCGAUGCGCAUGAUGCAUCCGUAUGUGAUCGACACGAGUGUGUGCUUCAACAUUUCGGGUGUGCGCAAGCGCAAGAGCAAGCUGAAGCAUUUGGCCAAGACGUUUCUGCACGAGAGCAUUCAGGAGAACGAGGAUGGUCACGAUUCCAUUGAGGAUUCGCGUGCCACGCUCAAGCUGGUCAAAAUGAAGCUCGCCAACAGCAUCGAGUUCGGCGACGAAAUUCUCAUCCAACGCAAACGCAUCACAGACAUUCUGCGAGCAACCUGUGGCGAUGGGUUAAACAACAAUCUUUAUGCACACGCCGCGAAGCGGGACAAACGCACGGCAAUCGUGACCGUUGGAGAUCUGCAGCCGCGUCUCAAGAAGGUGAUACAAUUGGCCGAGGAGGCGGUGCCCAAGGAUGCAAACAAUGCGGUGCAUGUGCAUGAGGUGUCGAGUCCCAAGGAAGCGGUGCGCAAAGUCAAUGAAAUUGCGCUGGAGAAUGCGCUGACAAUUGCCAAUUUGUUGGUGCCCGAGAAGGAUUUUAUGCUGGAGAGCGCAGAGCGCACAGCAGCCAAGCUGGAUGGAUUCAUUGAACGCGUCUGGAAUACCGUAGCCCACAAUGGACUGUUCAUGGUGCUCAUGGGUGGCUCGGCGGAGUGUCAGAAGGGUGUUGCCAAGAUUGCCAUUAAGCGAUUAGGCAAAGGCAACGUUCCGCCGUCUGCACUUCUCUCUGCUGUCAAGUCAACACACACAUAACCACACACAGUCUCAAAAAAUGAUGUACAGGAGACGUACGUAGGAUUAAGAAAGUCACGUAUAAUCAAAUAGUCCAGGCCACGAAAUAAUCAUGUUAAAUUCGCGUUCAGUUUUCGGUAUUGUUCGCUGCGUUUCCAGAGUCAGCGACAAAUGCAGAGCAAACUUUGCUAUGAAUAUAACGCAUUCGAUUCAUCGUCAAAUACCCUUCCUCAAUACCCAUCCAUACACACUGCUGUCUGCUAUAAUCCUUUUAAGUAAACCCCAUUGUACCACAUCAACCUAAAUGCUAGAAAAGAGAAAAAAACUGUAAAAAAUCACAACAAAAAAAAAAAACAAAAUCAAAAAAAAGGAAAAAUACUACUGACAUAAGAUAUUUCGAAAUCAAUAAAUAAAAUCAUGUUGUUUGUAAUUCAAAUCAAACAA